CAGAAGAGUAUUUAAAGGGACAGGCUCCUACUUAAAGAAACGCCUCUCUGGAAUUUUUGACUCAGUGAAGCGGCGAGGGGGAAGCACAAAGAGGAAGGGGGCGGAGAGGGGCGGGGGCGGGACCUGACGGAUUGGGCACGCCCCGGCCCUUCGUAGUACCUGGAACCUGAGGUCGCUGGCUCAGCCCCACGGCGCCCUGUGCGCCCCUGCGCCCCGCGCCCGGGCAGGAAUAAAAGAUGAACAAACCCAUAACAGCAUCAACAUACGUGCGCUGCCUCAGUCUUGGACUAAUUAGAAAGCUGUCCGAUUUUAUUGAUCCUCAAGAAGGAUGGAAGAAGUUAGCAGUCGCUAUUAAAAAACCAUCUGGUGAUGAUAGAUACAAUCAGUUUCACAUAAGGAGAUUUGAAGCAUUACUGCAAACUGGAAAAAGCCCCACGUGUGAAUUACUGUUUGACUGGGGCACCACAAAUUGCACAGUUGGUGAUCUUGUGGAUAUUUUGGUCCAAAAUGAGUUUUUUGCCCCUGCAAGUCUUUUGCUACCAGAUGCUGUACCCAAAAAUGUUAAUACACUGCCUUCUAAAGUAACUGUAACAGUUCAGCAGAAACCAAAGCCCCUCUGUGGCAAAGACAGGACAUCUGUGAUAUCUGAUGAGAAUCUUGAACAAAACUAUGUGCUACCUGACUCCUCAAGUCCAGAAAAUACAAGUUUAGAAUUUAGUGAUACACGUUUUCACAGUUUUUCAUUUUUUGAAUUGAAGGAUGUCACAAAUAACUUUGAUGAACGGCCCAUUUCUGUUGGUGGUAACAAAAUGGGAGAAGGAGGGUUUGGAGUUGUGUAUAAAGGCUACGUGAACAACAGGACUGUAGCAGUGAAGAAGCUUGCAGCAAUGGUUGACAUUAGUACUGAAGAACUGAAACAACAAUUUGAUCAAGAAAUAAAAGUAAUGGCAAAGUGUCAACACGAAAACUUAGUAGAGCUCCUUGGUUUCUCAAGUGAUGGCGAUGACCUCUGCUUAGUGUAUGUUUACAUGCCCAAUGGUUCAUUGCUGGACAGACUGGCUUGCUUGGAUGGUACUCCCCCACUCUCUUGGUACAUGAGAUGCAAGAUUGCCCAGGGUACAGCUAAUGGCCUCAGUUAUUUACAUGAAAACCAUCAUAUUCAUAGAGAUAUUAAAAGUGCAAAUAUCUUACUAGAUGAAGACUUUACAGCCAAAAUAUCUGACUUUGGGCUUGCACGGGCUUCUGAGAAGUUUGCCCAGACAGUCAUGACUAGCAGAAUUGUGGGAACAACAGCUUAUAUGGCACCCGAAGCUUUGCGAGGAGAAAUUACACCCAAAUCUGACAUCUACAGCUUUGGUGUGGUUUUACUAGAAAUAAUAACCGGACUUCCAGCUGUGGAUGAACACCGUGAACCUCAGUUAUUGCUAGAUAUUAAAGAAGAAAUUGAAGAUGAAGAAAAGACAAUUGAAGAUUAUGUUGAUAAGAAGAUGAAUGACAUUGAUCCCACUUCCAUUGAAACUAUGUACUCUGUUGCCAGUCAGUGUCUGCAUGAAAAGAAAAAUAAGAGACCAGACAUUAAGAAGGUUCAACAGCUACUGGAAGAAAUGACAGUUUCUUAAAACUUUAUUGGAAUAGACUCUUGGAUUUUUCUAUACAGCUAUCUAAAUCAUUUUUUAAACUAAAGUGUUUGGUUUUUUUUUGUAAGUAUUUAUCUUUUAUAAGGCAGCAUGGUGAAAUGCAGUGGUUAUUAAAGCUUAUGUAGAACUCACAAUAUAGAGGACAAACAAUAGUCGAACCACUGUUGCAACACAACCCAACUUUCUUAGAGUCACUCUGAGUUCUUACAGUAAUCCCUGAGAUAUUUCCUCGGAACCUCAGCAAACACAGUUUGAAAACUCAGAAUUAGCUAAACAGAGGACGGGACUAUAGGGUGAAAAGACCCUGUGCUGAAGCCUGACUGUACUACUAAUUUUCUGUAAGGAUUUGGGAAAUGUCUUAGCUGCUUUGAGCCUUGUUUUUUUCACCUGUAGUGUUGGAUUAAUAUCUACUGUGCCUCUCUGACAGGUAGUCAUGAUGCAGAGUAUGUACAAGCACUUUGUAACUUGUAAAGGGAUAUAAAAUUUAAUGUUUAUAUAAAUAAUUAUAAAAUCCUAUUAUAGUUUUCAUUUGUUUAUAGGGUCAUGUUCACAGUGUGCUAUUAGCAAUCAUUCACCAUAAGCCAGUGAUGCCCUGAUGGUACUCCCAUGAUGAUGUGGCCAUUAGAUUAUGUUAUUGGCAAAUUUGAAGGUGUUUUGAGAUACAGUUAAGGUCCCCCAUCUGCUGACUUUGAGUAUCAAUAAUAAGAUGCUGUUUUGGGGGCCUGACCUAAUAAGGUAAGCUCUUACAAGAAGUCUGAGCGAUCCUCCUAUGGACCUUAAAGUAAGCUACCAUGUUGUAGGAAGGCCACAUUGGCUAUAAUUUACUGAUAGCCUCUAGGAGAUGAGAGCUACCUUCCAGCUAUCAGUCAGCAAGAAAAAUCUGGAACCUUGGUUGUGUAACACCAAGAAACUCAAUUUUCCAAAAACCUGAAUUAGCUUAGAAGAGUACUUCAAAUUUCAGAUAACACCAUAGCCCCUGCUGACACCUAAAUUUCAGCCUUGUGAGACCCUCAGUAGCAAACAUGGAUUUCUAUGCCUGGACUUGUGACAUAAAAAAUUGUGAGAUAAUGAAUGAGUUGCUAUAAGCUA